AUGUCUGUUAAUAACGUUUUGAAAGGCAUGGGCUACAAGUUCAUAGCUGAGAUUGGAGAAGGCAGUUUUUCCGAAGUCAAGCUCGCCACUUCGCAGAAGCACCAAUGUAACGUGGCCAUCAAAAUUGUGGACCGCGUAAAGGCCCCUAAGGAUUUCGUCCAGAAGUUUCUCCCAAGGGAACUGGCGAUUUUGAGACGAGUGAAUCACGAGCACAUUGUGCAAAUGCAUGAGUUAAUUGAGGUGGCUGGUAAACGACUUUGUAUUGUGAUGGAAGCUGCAGCAAAAGAUCUCCUUCAGAAGAUACAUGAAGUGAAACGUCUCCCAGAAGACCAAAGCAAAAACUUAUUCUCUCAGAUGGUCAGUGCCAUUAACUACCUCCACCAGAUGGACAUCAUCCAUCGGGACCUCAAGUGCGAAAACAUACUGCUGACAGCUGAAGAACAAGUUAAGAUCACAGACUUCGGUUUCGCCCGCUGUGUUCAAGACCCUUCAGAGCUGAGCGAGACCUUCUGCGGUUCUGCAGCCUACACUCCACCAGAAGUCAUCAUGGGAAUGCCGUAUGACCCAAAGAAGUAUGACAUAUGGAGCCUCGGGGUGAUUCUAUACGUCAUGGUGACUGGAUCGAUGCCAUAUGAUGAUACCAACUUGAGGCGACUUCACCGUCUUCAACGAAAGUCUUUGGUUUUUUCAGAUGACGCUGGUGUUCAGGAACCAUGCCAGGUCUUCAUCCGUACUCUGCUCCAGUUCAAUCCUUCCACACGUCCAACCAUUCAGCAGGUGGCAGAACAUCCGUGGAUGCAAAAGGGAAAAAUCUAA